GUUAAUUUAUAGUGUUAUGUUAAGUUAAGAUACUUUUUCUUCACUCAUAAUUUUACAUUGCGACUGACCAACAAGGUCAAUCUUGUCUGCCCAAACAACAUUUACAAGUUUGCAAACAAUCAUAACACAAUUGCUGACCUUAAUACUUUACCAUUCCUUAGAUCCAGCUCGUUUAAUUACUUUGCCUGGGAAUUAACAGGCCUUUGUGCUGGAUUCCAAUGGAGCAAACUGCAGAAUCCCCAUACAAGCUUCUUGUGUCGUGCCCAUAUGGUCUCUCACCAUCACAGUUGUCUGUGAUUUUUGAUGAAUCGUAUGAUAGGAUUCCCCACCCAGAUAUAGACUUGGAGAAGUCCAUUUCUGAGAUAUGGGAUUCAAGGGUUCAGCAGAAUGGUUCAUUGUUCAACGGAAAAAAGUUCAGGUAUGGAGGGUAUGUAAUGCAUGGUGAAGGUGGGUCCAAUCAACAAUCUCACAUGUGCCUCCACCUUGGGUUGACCGAUUAUAGGACUUUUGUGGGGACAAAUUUAAAUCCUUUGUGGUACAAGUUCCUGUUUCCAUCCGAAGAUGAUGCUAUACAGUGUCAGCACACUGCAAGUCCGCUGGGUAACGGUGCAGUUGUAGAGACAUCUGACAAGAAAUUACUUGUGUUGCAAAGAAGUUAUAAUGUUGGGGAAUUUCCUGGACACUUUGUUUUCCCAGGAGGACAUCCAGAGCCCCAAGAUGCCGGACUAGAAUCUCAUCAGUGUCGAAAUGACUCAAAAGAUUCUGAGCUUAUUAAUGAGAAAGUUUCUCAAGAGAUGUUUGACAGUAUUAUUCGUGAAGUAGUUGAAGAAAUUGGAGUACCAGCAGUAUCUCUUUGCGACCCACUUUUCAUUGGUGUCUCCCGCAGGCAGUUAAAUGUUAGACCAGCUGCUUUUUUCUUCAUAAAAUGCAGUCUUGAGUCAAAAGAAAUUCAACAAUUGUAUUCUAGUGCACAAGAUGGCUUUGAGUCUACCCAACUGUAUACCGUUUCAAUGGUAGACCUAGAAAACAUGAUAUCUAACAUGCCUGGCUGCCAUCAAGGUGGAUUUGCUCUCUACAGGCUGAUGGUAGAUACUUUGAAGAGUACAUGA